AUGUUGAGGACAAGCAGUCCAGCACACGGAUUCCAUUCUAUCACAAUGACUCUCUCAUUGCAGAAGUCUCCUUUCCAGAAAGAAAUCAGAAGCUGUGCGGUGGUGGGUAAUGGUGGCAUUUUAAACAGCAGCUUUUGUGGCACUGAGAUUGACCGGGCUGACUUUGUGUUCAGGUUAAAUUUACCUCCAUUGAAAUGGACAAAUGAUGUGGGGACAAAGACUGAUCUUGUAACUGCAAACCCAAGCAUCCUAAUCGAUAAGUUCAGCAGUCUCACAAAGGAGAAGGAACCAUUUAUCACCAAGGUGAAGGAGUAUGGCUCUUCUCUGAUCCUUCUACCAGCUUUCUCAUUUUUAAUGAACACAGAGGUCUCCUUUCGGGCACUUCACACCAUCAAAGACUUUGACUUGAAAAGCAGAGUUGUCUUCUUCAACCCAGACUACCUCCGGAGAUUGGGUGCUCAUUGGAAAAGUAUGGGACUUAGGUUUCAUCGACUGUCUUCUGGCCUCAUGAUGGUGAGCGUGGCGGCUGAAGUUUGUGAAAAGGUGACACUUUAUGGAUUCUGGCCCUUUUCUGAGGACCUGGAUGGAAUUUGGAUGCCCCAUCACUAUUAUGACAAUGUUCUUUCAAAACCUGGAUUUCACUCAAUGUCUGAUGAAUUUUAUUGGUACCUACAAAUGCAUGCUCAGGGGUUUCUGCGUCUGAACCUGGGGCAAUGCUAA